AUGUUAGCGACUCAGAUGAGUCACAAUAUGCAUAAAUCGAAAAAUAAGAAUUCAGGUGCAGAAUAUACCAGGGAACUUCAAAGAGAUAGCAGAUGCAGCAUCCAGACUACAUCAAAUAAACCUAGAAACACUCAAACUCGAUAUAAUUGGGAACCUCAGACAAUAGUCACAAAUGCUCCAGCUCUAAGUUGUAGGAGAUGGAAGCGCUAUGCGAACCCACCUUGGAACCUUAUUCCAAUAUUAGACUAUCACGCCAAGGAUUUUUUACAAGAGCUGCAGAAAUAUACAUUGCAGUAUUUGAUCCUAAAGCAACAAAAAGUGUAUCAGCAUCUAUUCAACUCUGGUUCAAUUGCGACAUAUAGAUCAACAGUUAGUGAGUUAUAUGAAAGAAAUAAUAGAUGUCCUAUCGGAGUCCAUCCACCAAAACAAAUCCUCAAAGAUUUAAAAGAUGGUGCAAUGUUAGAUAUUAAUCCUAAGGAGGUAAAAAUUCCGAGAUUAAAUGGUGAUACAAUGGAUAUAAGAAAUAUAUUUGUAGACAGUUAUGAAGAAAACAUUGGCUCCCGCACCAAUACUAAAUUAGAGGCAUAUAAUUAUUAA